AUUAAAAAAAAUACUGUUAAUUCAAGGCAAUAGUGUAUGAAUACUUCCGUUUUUCACGGUAGCGGUCAAAUGAUAAUACAAAAAUAUAGGGAACACUAGCUAGCAGAAAAAUAUUUGCACAUUUUUUAGGAAAAAAAUAAAAUAAUUUCACACCUUGCGACACCAAUUAAAGUAACGUAAGCUGCUUAAAAAUGCAUACGUUUCCGUUAGAAGCACACAGCCACAAGCCACUGAGGACUAUGCAAUGAAGACACUAACCUGAUCAUAUCUAGUAGCCUAGCUUUAACUGUAACUAAGAGUGAGAGAAACACAUGGUGGAUUCAGUGAUGGGCAGAUUUACUGGAUUGUACUAGAUUUACUGUGCAUGAAGUAAAGUAAUCGAGUGUUUGAUUGUUAUUGAUGCUAACAAUCGUACUGAACGAUUUACGGUGAAAAACAGAGAAAUGUCGAACACAAAGGAGUUUUUUCUUUCUGUUACACAACGAAUUUUCAGUAAUUGGACUGCGUUGAAGAUGGCAGUUGAACAUGGAAUGGGUUCGAAGGAAAGUGCGGUAGAUUUUUGUCCUUACAUGACAGAAGUAAUGUACAUGAAUGAGAAUUUAAACAGCAGUGAAAUUGCUAAUGAAUUGGAAGAUUACAUGGAUGAACACUUUAAUACUGAACUGGAAGACAAUAGUGCUACCCAAGUUGCAGAAGAGCUUUUGAGAUUCUUCCAUUAUUGUUGUGAGAAUAAUGAAAGUAUGGCAGUGACAGAACUCGAAAAAUUACCACCACUCCAAUCGUGGCUCCUUACAAGAACACCCAUAAGGAGGAUACAAAAUUCCUCGAUAAUUGAAAGUGAUAGUUCAGAAGAUGAAGAGGAAGUGCAUCAAGAUAUGCAGGUGGCAGAUGAGUGGACAGAAGUGAAAUCUAGGCAUAGAAAAUAACUGUUGCAGGAUAUGUAAAGGGGUAUCCUUGUAUUUGUUUUAUAUAAAAGAAUAUACAAACUACUGUCUUAUAGUAUUUAUGCAUUGAUCUUGUAAAUGCAAUUUAUAUACUAAGAUUUUGUAAUCAAAAUACUUAUCUAAGCAGUCUUUAGAUACUGUCAAAUCUUAUUUGGCAGUUCUAUUCUCUGAAUCUGCAAAGAAGAGAUCGUUAGAGUUUCCUAUAUUUUAUAAAAGCGUGUUUUGUAAGUACAUAGCAGUGCUUCUCACCUUUCUUAUUUCGAGUUAAAGAAACAGUACAGAAACCAUUGUGUUCUUGCGUAACACUCUCCUUUUUGACUUCGUUCAUUCUCUCUUCGGGGCCUAAUAUGCUUAAGAUUAUUGGUAAGAACAAUAGUCCGUGAAAUAGACCAAACAUUACAACACAUGUGAAUAACUGUAACAAUAAAGACCGUUAUGUAUGUAAUUAAAAUGUGAUAACUCGUGAAUAAAAGUUUUUAAUAUUA